AUGGCACCGUCCUCUUCAUCAAUCAAAUCACGCCACGUGGCUGUAAUCGGAGCUGGAGCUGCCGGACUAGUCGCGGCGAGAGAGCUUCGACGAGAAGGUCACUCCGUCGUCGUCUUCGAGAGGCAGAAACAGUUUGGCAUCGAGGAGCUGAUCCGGUUCGAGACGACGGUUGUGCGUGUUUCUCCGGCGGCGAAAAGCGACGGCGGAGAAGGAAUCGGUGAAUGGAGAAUCGAAUCUACAGAGAAGGAGAAGAAAAUUCAUCGCUAUGAGAUUUACGAUGCAGUUGUUGUUUGUAAUGGACAUUACAUUGAACCUCGUCUCGCUGAAAUUCCUGGGAUAAGUUAUUGGCCAGGGAAGAAGAUGCAUAGCCAUAACUAUCGUCUUCCACAACCAUUCAAAGAUCAGGUUGUUGUGCUGAUUGGGAACUCUUCAAGUGCUGAUGAUAUAAGCAGAGACAUUGCUGGAUUCGCCAAAGAAGUUCAUGUGGCUUCUUGGUCAAAUCCAGCUGACACAUACAUCAAACAAACUGGUCACGAUAACAUGUGGAUGCAUUCAAUGAAUGGGGAAACGAUUUUGGCUGAUGUGAUAAUGCAUUGCACUGGGUAUAAGUAUGACUUCUCGUUUCUUGAUACCAAUGGAAGUGUUGCUGUAGACAAUGGCGAAUCUAGAGCCAUAUUAUAG